ACAAAUCAACCAUGAAGUUUAAUUCAGAAUUCGGAUUCGAUAUUGUUAAACAAUUAUCUUUAGAUAAUUGUGAUCUAAAGGAUAUUGACAUAGAAUGUUUCAUCAAUCUUAAAGAAUUAAAUAUUACUGAAUACAGUAAUCUUGAUUUAUCAGAAAUUAUUGCGUUACCAAUUGAAUACACAAUCUUUUCUGAUUUUAAUCAACAAAGCAAAAAACCUCGGCCAAAAAUUUCUAAAUCAAGCAAAAAAAUUAAUAAAGUUCAUAAUGAACGCAGUCGACGGAAAGAUGAAAAUGAAAUACUUGAGCAAAUUGCAAAAAGUUUGCCUGUCCUAAUGACUAUUGAAAGAAGAAUACCGAAAAUAGAUAUUUUGAAGUUUGCACUUGAAUAUAUUAAAGAUUCUAAACAAGAAAUGCAAAAAGUUCAAAAAGAAAUUGAAAUGCUACAUACU